CUACAUAGUCUACAAUCCCAAACGCAUAGACUGAUCUCUUUCCUAUUUUCUGCUACUUGAUCAUCUCUUUUUAUUUAUUUGAUCUCAGACAAAAGAGAGACUCCUGUCUCCUUAAUCUUUUUGAUAACUUUGAUUCUUUAAAAUUUUUUUCUUUAUCAAGAAUGGAGGGGAUGAAACUGAAUUUGUAUUCUCCAUUACCAUCAAUAAGGCGAAUUUCAAGUAAAACGAAGCAUGCAAGUGAAUCAGAUAACAAGAAGACAGUUAUUACCAGACCAGAGGCUCGAUCAUGCCUAAGGAAAGAACAAGACACGCCGGUUUUUGUACUACCAGACCAGAGUUUCGAUCAUCUCACAGAACCAGCUUCAAUACCUUUUGAGUGGGAACGGAUCCCUGGAAAACCAAAAGAUGACAUGGCUACAUUGAUCCAAGAGUCAGGUUUACUAGAAACCGAUGAUGAAGAAGAAGAAGAAGAAGAUACGUAUACAGUUUCUUCUAAUAGAACCUUCUCUGUUAACUGCAGCACAAGUGGAGUGAGCGACAUCAUCGAGAAGAACGGUGAGAGAGCUGACGAUGCGUCGUCUAGAGAAAAUAUCGAUCUAAUGAUGUCAAGAUUCUUACCAGCUGCUAAAGCAAUGGCUUUCACACAACAAAAACGCUCUUCAGAGCAGAAGCAAACCCUACAAAACAGAGAAGCUCUUGUAACUCGCCAAAGAAGUCAAGUAGCCGCAGAACAUGAGCAUCUCGCUAUUGUUCAGAGCCUUUACGAUGAUUUAAACAAUGAUGAUGAUGAAGAUGAUGAUGAUGUUGAUCAUCGAAUCUACCCAGAAGUUACUAUCAAGAAAGCUUGUGGAUUCUUGCCAAGGCUUUGUGCCAAGAACUCAUUCAAGAUUUCAAACCCGGUUCCUUUGGUUUCAGGAUCAAACCGGGUUCUGAAUCAUUCUUGUGAACAAACCGGUUUACCAAACUGGUCAACUAGGCGUCUUUCCGGUUUUAUCUCUCCGUACCGAACCUCUUGUUCUGCUCCGGAGCAAGCAGAGAGCUGCAAAAGGGUUAACAGAGGAAUGAGCAAGUCUCAAGAGCUGUAUCCACCAAGGACAAGAAGAGAGAUUCUUCCUAACCACUCACACUCUGGAGAAGUCAGAAUGUUUAGAAACUCCAUCUCAACUCCGUCGAGGAUCCAACGGACGACCAUUCACGACUCGAGGUUUCUUGCGGAGGAAGCAAUUAGAAGAAGAACAAGCAGCAAAAGGUCUGGGAACGUUUUGAGAACGUCGCAGGAAUGUACAGCGGCGAUUUCUACGCCACCUUUACCAGAAACUCCGUCUAGGCCUUGGCUUCGACGAACACUCCUCCCUCCGGUGAACCCUAGACCUUACGGCGUCGUGUUUGGUCAAGUUGGUGCUAAGAAACUGAAUCAAGAAAUUAUUGAAUCUACAAAAUGGGAAACGAUG